AUGGUAUCAGUCUCCAGAACUAAAACAGGAAGAGGAGGGAUUUUUGAAACUGUGGAAAAUGAACCUGUUAAUGUUGAAGAAUUAGCAUUCAAGUUCGCAGUCACCAGCAUUAACAGAAAUCGAACCCUGAUGCCUAACACUACAUUAACCUAUGACAUCCAGAGAAUUAACCUUUUUGACAGUUUUGAAGCCUCGCGGAGAGCCUGUGACCAGCUGGCUCUUGGUGUGGCUGCUCUCUUUGGCCCUUCCCACAGUUCCUCUGUCAGUGCCGUGCAGUCGAUUUGCAAUGCUCUCGAAGUUCCACAUAUACAGACCCGCUGGAAACACCCUUCGGUGGACAACAAAGACUUGUUUUACAUCAACCUGUACCCAGAUUAUGCAGCUAUCAGCAGGGCGGUCCUGGAUCUGGUCCUUUACUACAACUGGAAAACGGUGACGGUGGUUUACGAAGACAGCACAGGUAUGGGACUCGCACCUACCACUUCAAUGAAGAUCGAACAUAUGAAAGAUCGUCUAAUGAAAGAACACUGGAUGGAGGUUAAUGGCCUGGAUCCUCAUCAGCCCACAUCAGCUCCCCAUCAGCCACUGAUCUUCUUUCCCCUUAUUUCUCUUUUGCAGAUUCUGUUCAUGGGCAUGAUGACUGAGUACUAUCACUACUUUUUCACAACCCUGGACUUAUUUGCUUUAGAUCUGGAACUCUAUAGGUACAGUGGUGUAAACAUGACUGGGUUUCGGCUGCUUAAUAUUGACAACCCUCACGUGUCCUCCAUCAUUGAGAAGUGGUCCAUGGAGAGACUGCAGGCCCCCCCCAGGCCGGAGACUGGCCUCUUGGAUGGCAUGAUGACAACUGAAGCAGCUCUGAUGUAUGAUGCAGUGUACAUGGUGGCCAUUGCCUCCCAUCGGGCUUCCCAGCUGACUGUCAGCUCCUUACAGUGUCAUCGACACAAGCCAUGGCGCCUUGGACCCAGAUUUAUGAACCUAAUCAAAGAGGCUCGGUGGGAUGGCCUGACUGGGCGUAUCACCUUCAAUAAAACCGAUGGCUUGAGGAAGGAUUUUGAUCUGGACAUUAUUAGUCUCAAAGAGGAAGGAACGGAAAAGGCUGCUGGCGAAGUGUCUAAACACUUAUAUAAAGUGUGGAAGAAGAUUGGGAUUUGGAACUCGAACAGUGGGCUUAACAUGACCGAUGGCAACAAAGACAGGUCCAACAAUGUCACUGAUUCACUGGCCAACCGGACACUCAUCGUCACCACCAUUUUGGAAGAACCCUAUGUGAUGUACAGGAAAUCUGAUAAGCCCUUAUAUGGAAAUGACAGAUUUGAAGGGUAUUGCCUAGAUCUGUUGAAGGAAUUGUCAAACAUCUUGGGUUUCAUUUAUGAUGUCAAACUCGUCCCUGAUGGCAAAUAUGGAGCCCAGAAUGACAAAGGAGAGUGGAAUGGAAUGGUCAAAGAACUUAUAGAUCAUAAGGCUGAUCUGGCAGUGGCUCCUCUUACCAUUACCUAUGUUCGGGAGAAAGUCAUUGACUUCUCCAAGCCCUUCAUGACACUGGGCAUCAGCAUUCUCUACAGGAAGCCCAAUGGUACCAAUCCAGGAGUCUUCUCCUUCCUCAAUCCCCUGUCUCCUGACAUUUGGAUGUAUGUGCUCUUAGCCUGCUUAGGAGUCAGUUGUGUACUCUUUGUGAUUGCAAGGUUUACACCCUACGAAUGGUAUAACCCCCACCCAUGCAACCCUGACUCAGACGUGGUGGAAAACAAUUUUACUUUACUAAAUAGUUUCUGGUUUGGAGUUGGAGCUCUCAUGCAGCAAGGAUCAGAGCUGAUGCCCAAAGCUCUAUCGACCAGGAUAGUUGGAGGGAUAUGGUGGUUUUUCACCUUAAUCAUCAUUUCAUCCUACACUGCCAAUCUGGCUGCCUUCCUGACAGUAGAGAGAAUGGAAUCCCCCAUAGAUUCAGCAGAUGAUCUGGCAAAGCAAACCAAGAUAGAAUACGGGGCAGUCAGAGAUGGAUCAACAAUGACCUUCUUCAAGAAAUCAAAGAUAUCCACCUAUGAGAAGAUGUGGGCUUUUAUGAGCAGCAGACAGCAGACUGCCCUGGUUAAAAACAGUGAUGACGGGAUCCAACGAGUACUCACCACUGACUACGCCCUGCUGAUGGAGUCCACCAGCAUUGAGUAUGUGACACAGAGAAACUGCAACCUCACUCAGAUUGGGGGCCUCAUUGACUCCAAAGGUUAUGGAGUGGGAACACCUAUCGGCUCUCCUUACCGGGAUAAAAUCACUAUUGCUAUUCUUCAGUUACAAGAAGAGGGCAAGCUGCAUAUGAUGAAAGAGAAGUGGUGGCGGGGGAACGGCUGCCCCGAGGAAGACAACAAAGAGGCCAGUGCUCUGGGAGUAGAAAAUAUUGGGGGCAUCUUCAUUGUUCUGGCUGCUGGACUGGUCCUUUCUGUAUUUGUAGCCAUUGGAGAAUUUAUAUACAAAUCACGGAAGAACAAUGAUGUUGAACAGAAAGGAAAGUCAUCAAGAAUUAGAUUUUAUUUUAGGAACAAAGUAAGGUUUCAUGGGAGAAAAAAACAAAGCCUUGGUGUAGAGAAGUGUCUCUCUUUCAAUGCCAUCAUGGAAGAACUGGGAAUCUCACUCAAAAAUCAGAAAAAGCUAAAGAAAAAGUCAAGAACUAAAGGGAAAUCUCCCUUCACAAGUAUCCUUACUUGUCAUCAGAGACGAACUCAGAGGAAAGAGACUGUGGCAUAAUCCAAGAACACAUCUGCAGGCAGCUUUCAGAAAGAGAAACGAUAUGCUCGCUACAGGUUUUAAGAGAAAGGAUUCCUGACAAGUGUGUGACAUGUUUCCAUGUAUCUAGAUACAUAAGUCUGGUUAUGUAUCUAGAUAUAAGAAAUAGGAAAUUUUAAAAAGCUCACAUAGAUCGUACGUGGGAAGUGGCACUGGUUCUUUUGAAGUGAAUUUGUAUUUUCACUUAUUUUGCCUUUUCUCUCUUCUCGAUAAACUGCUGUGUGUGCUUUCUAAAUAAUAAUAAAACAACAGGGUUUUUUUUUUUUCCAGAA